GAAGACCAUGUGCCUCCUCGUAAGAGAUUGAGGAUCAUGGAUACUAGAAAAUCCAACUGCCCAGCAACUUUAAAUAUGAAGUGUAUAAGGGUGUAUCCUGAUUACAGUAUGCACUCAGCAACUGAACACAGGGAUACCAAGGCAAAAGUUCUUGCAAGUCUACAGAAAGAUUUGGCAUUGCCAUGCCCGCCUAAGAGCUAUCUACGUUAUUAUUUGACUGCUUCCCCAGCAAGUGCACACACACAUGCUACUGAAAGUGUUGAAGCAAGUGGGUACAUACAUCCUUCACUUGUAAAGGAAAUCAAAAACUUAGUACUCAGUGGCAUGACAUCUCUCAAAGUCAUUAAGUUGGCUCUAGACAGAUUUGUUGAAAUCAAUUUCACUGGGACACACAUACCAGGUCAAAUGAAUACUACCUUUUACCCCACAGAGAAAACUAUUUACAGUCACAUUUAUCGGACCCUUUAUGGUACAAAUAAAGUAUUGUUUGACGAGACUAGACUGCAGAAUCAGGUUGAUGAGUGGCACAAAGACUCGAGCAAUCACAUGAUUUAUUAUAGACAUUGUACGGGAGCCAAUGGAGAAGUGAAACCAUUACUUUUUUGCUAUCAGAGCAGUUGGCAGAGAGAUCUUUUGAAGAAGUAUGGUGGUAGUUCUUUGUUAGAUGCAACAUACAAAACAACAACAUAUGAUAUUCCUUUAUUUUUUAUAGCUGUGAAGAGUAAUUUUUUCAUUCAGAUUGAAAAUGCAAGAUCCAUUCAUGAAGCACUAGACAUUUUCAAGGACUGGAACAAGGAUUGGAAUCCCCCUCUAUUGGGUUACGGAUUUCUCGGAGUCAGAGAUAAAUGCAAUUGAGCAAGCAUUCCCCCAGACAAAAGUUUACUUGUGCCUUUUCCAUCGAAAACAGGCAUGGGGAAGAUGGUUGAAAAAAAAAGGAUAAUCUACGUGUACCAAAUGACAUGAAGACAUUUCUGGAUAUGUGGCAAGAAAUUUCAGAAUCACCAACAGGGAGAGAAUUUAGAGAUCGCAUAGAAGAGUUGCGAACGCAUGAGGUUUCUCGGAGAAACGAGCGUGCAUGGCCAUACUUUCAACAGCAAUGGCUAACGGUAUGUGAAAGAUGGGUGAAAGCGUAUGAGGACAAGGGCAGAUUUCCAACUAUUGACACUACAAAUGGAGUUGAAGCCAUGAACAAGAUUGUAAAACAUUUUUUCCUAAAACACAAUUCAGACAGGACUUUAACUGGGGUUACUAAGGUUACAAUAAACCAGUUUCUUCCAAGCCUAAUUAGAAAGUACUGUCUGCAGAAUUCUGCCAUCAAAGCUUAUAACAAAGAUGUUCCACUGUUUUUGCAUAAAAAACAAACAAGGUUGUGAAAC